AGCAACCCCAGCCUAAACCCUACCCCUACCCCAAUACCUAACCAUUAAGAGUCAUCUGAUGCCCUGAGGACGCGUGCUAGGGGAUACUCCAGCGUGCUGCGUGUCUGCGCCCCAGGUCGACACGGUGCACAUAUUAUCAUACAGUGCUGCUGGAGCGGCCUGUCUGCUGCACUGCGUUUUAUUAUUUGUGUCACUACGAAGCAGGGGCUGCGGCUGCAUUGGGAAACGCAAUUGAAAGCGUGGUGGGCGGCGCUUCGUUUGCGUUCUUCACUCAGCCCCUUAGCCUAGUCCCGACCAAAGCGUGCUUCCGUCCCGUGUACCAUCACCCUCAAACCUAACCCCGAGCAAAACGUGCUUCCGUCCCGUGUACCACACCGUAUUAGCUGCGAGCUCAAGUAAAGAGAAACCGGGGUCGGGAGAAGGCGAAGCGAGCGAGCGGUAGACUAGCACUGUAGCCUGUAGUAAUAACCAUACAAGCGGCAUGGCGACGGACAACUCCUGCAUCGUGCUCAGUGAUGAGGAGCAAGGCUAUGACCUGGAUCUGUUCUGUAUACCCAAGCACUAUGCGGACGACCUGGAGCGAGUCUUCAUCCCACACGGCCUCAUCAUGGACAGGACGGAGCGCCUGGCCCGUGACAUCAUGCGUGAUAUGGGCGGUCACCACAUCGUGGCGCUGUGCGUCCUGAAGGGCGGGUACAAGUUCUUCGCUGACCUGCUGGAUUACAUCAAGGCCUUGAACCGCAACAGCGACAAGUCCAUCCCCAUGACAGUGGACUUCAUCAGGCUCAAGAGCUACUGUAAUGAUCAGUCGACGGGUGAAAUCAAAGUUAUCGGGGGAGACGACCUUUCUACACUGACUGGGAAGAACGUCCUGAUAGUUGAGGACAUUAUCGACACAGGCAAAACCAUGAAGACUUUACUGAAGUUGCUGAAACAGUUCAACCCCAAGAUGGUAAAGGUGGCGAGCUUGCUGGUGAAGAGAACGCCCAGGAGUGUCGGAUACAGACCAGACUUUGUAGGAUUUGAAGUUCCUGACAAGUACCUCGUGGGAUAUGCGCUAGACUAUAACGAGUACUUUAGAGAUCUCAAUCAUAUCUGUGUGAUCAGUGAACACGGCAAAGAGAAGUACAAAGCAUGAAGAGCCCUGUCCAACGCCGAGCUGGGAAUGAUUCUAUUCUUGUGAACUGUUAGAUUGUUUUAUAUUUUAAAAGCAAUGCUUUAAGGAUCUGUUUUGUAUUUGCUGUUUCUUGGUGGCACGGGACCCUUCCAGCGUCCCCCGACACACCGUGCAGGCUGCUGUCCCUCUCGAACCUGCAGCCAGCUACUCACUUCCAAAGCGUUUAUUAGAGACACGCGCACUUCAUGCUUUGAUGUCAAUUAAAAUAUUUCAGCUGUUAGUAAAUCCAGAGGGAGCUCCUGAUAAUCGUCCGUGCAGACGCUGCAGUGAAACGAAGAACACUCGAAACAUGACCGUUCAAACCACACUGAGCUGUGGACAAAUUGAGAGAAAUAUGGACGAGGUUUGACUGCACUAUGGAAAAAUGAAAAGGUUUAAAUGGUUAAAAAAAAAAAAAAAAACCCAUUAUUUAUUAAAAUCAUUGAACCCUUUCAUGUAAAUCCCCCAAAAAACCUUGAGGUUUCAUUCAUUUUUAUAUGCUGCUGAUAUACCUCCUUCCAAAAAAACAACCAAAAAUAUAUAACUAUAUAUAUACACACACACACACUGCAUCCACACUGUCCCCUUAAUCAAGUUGAUCAAUGCAGCAUGAAACAUUAUAAAGUUUUAUAAAGCAGGCCGGGUCUUUUAAAAAGAAACUAGCAGAAAACAAAGAAACUUCAGCUGUAAAAAAAAAAAAGAAAAAGGAGGCCUCCCAGUGAACUCGAGGGCAUGUAAAGUAUAACGCAGCCGCGUUCUGACCCUGAACUGAAGCGGAGGCUUCUCACGAUUAGUGUAAUUUAAAUUGUUGAAUGUUAAUUGUCUGUUGGUCUAAAUUAAAGCAUCAUUGCAACA